UGCUGGUCCGGGUGUGGCAGGGGCAUCAGCUGGAUUGUAGCUUGUUUAGGAGAUUCCCGAGGGCCCCUGGAGGUUCCCGCUGGGGCUCAGCCUCCCAGGGGCCCCCCCAGUGUGGCUUCCCACCUUGCCACCUGAGGUCCCGUUUCUCCAUCUGCCUGGUGUCUUCCCAGAUUUUGAACCUAAGCGGAUCAAUCUGUUGAUGCUUUCCGUAUACAUUGGCAGGCAUGGCACCCCAGGCGCAACAACUCCAGAUGGAAGACAUACUAUUACCCCUCAAAAAAAUUCUACAAAAAAACCAGAUGAGGAACAAAAGGAAACAACUUCAAAGGAGGGAGGCAGCCAUGACACGCCAGCCAUUCCAGGCCAGGCACAGCUCAUCAGCCACACCGCGCCAGGCACACUAUCGCAGGCGCGGUACAGCAGCCAAACCACGCCAGGCUCAGCACGGUAGUCACAGCUUGUCAACCACAUCACGCCAGUCUCAGCACACCCGGCACACCACGCCCAGCACAACACACCAGGCACAACACACCCGACACACCAAGCCAGGCAAACCGUACCAGGCACAGCAUGCCAGGCAAUCCAAGCCAGGCGAAGCACGCCAGAGACACCACACCAGGCAAACCACACCAGCCACACCACGCCAGUCACACCAUGCCAGGCACAGCACCUCAAGCUCAGCCAGCCAGAGACACCAUAGCAGGCCCAGCACUUCAACCACAGCACACCAGGCACAUCAAGCCAGGCACAGCAUGCCAGGCUUGCCACACAAGGCACAGGACACCAAACACAACACACCAGGCACAACACACAAGCCACAGCAUGCCAGGCGCAGAAUGCCAGGCUCGCCACACAAGGCACAGGACACCAAACAGGACACACCAGGCACAACACACCAGCCACAGCACACCCGGCACCACUCAACAGGCACAGCGCAGCUGGCACGGCGUACCAGACACAGCCAGCCAAGUCCACGCUGCGUCUACACUUGCUUUAAGGUAGUAGCAAUCUGCUCUGCUUGGGAAAAGCCUUUCUGAAGGUUAUAAUUCUAUCUUCGCUGCCUGCAAGCUCGAGCCUUUGUUAAUUGAGGAUCUACUAUAUGCAAAGGUCCGGGGUGCAAGAAUCCUUGCCAGUUCUGCUCCAGAUGGAACAGAUACCAAUACUUUAAAAAAACAAAAACAAAAGCAACACUUCAAAGCAUAGAAGCGGACCCAAUCCUGGAUCUUCUAAGAUGGCAGAUCUGAAAGAGACGGUUGAGUGAAAGACCUGGAGGCUGAGGUGAGAAGGAUUUGUCCAGAUCCGACCUCCAGAUACAUAGACCCUGCAGAAGGUCCCUCAGCAGGCAGCAGGGGCCCCAACCCUGGCUUGCUUCUUCUCCAGCUUGGCAAAACCCAACCCUGUUGGCUUCGGUGACCUUUCCUGGAUCGCUGGCGGAGUGAGGACAAGCAAGGCUACUGUGUGAAGCCUACUGAAGACCUUGAGGGAGCCACAGUAAACAUUGCAACUGUGUUUGAUGAAGAACUUGGCUUUGGGUCCCGCUAGCAGGAAGAACUCAAACUGGCUUGGCAAGGGCCAGGCAAGCCUGAGGCCAUAGCUUGGCUGCAGGGCCUGGGAAGGAACUGUGAGACUGUGCACUCAAAAGAAACCUGGAGCCUUCUCUCCCAAAGCAGCUACCCACCUUCUUUGUAUCUCUANGCUCCUGCUUGGCUGGAGGUCAUCCUGACGACAGCACACUGGCAUUCCUUAAGAAGAGGAGAAACUUUAAGUAAUCUUUUGGCACGGGGCACACUGGAACCUGCCUCUAAUACCAGAU